GAAAAGCAAAAAAAUCCUAACAGAACUGAAAAAUUGAGCCGCUGCCGUUUUCACUCCAGUAGAAACAGGGAGUGUGAGCCAUCAAUCACAAAUACAGGUGGCUGGCUUCACUGAGAGGAGGCGAAUGACUAGUGCAUCAGCAGCUCCGGCACUCCGUUUCUCCUUCGCUUUCCCAAUCACAACCUACACCACCAAACUCUCAUACCCAGGUUUCGGUUCACCUGGGCACAGAAAUGGUCUAAGGUUUGUGGGUUGUGCUUAUACUGCUAUUUCAAGAAAAGGGCAAGGUGCAUUUGACCCAGAGCUUCGGACAGUUCUUGAGCUUGCCACGGACUCUGAGCUAUAUGAGCUUGAAAGGAUCCUUUUUGGCCCCAGUUACUUCAGUCCUUUGCUAAAGUCGAUAACAACCAGAGCCGAUGUGGACCAUGCCAUGAUUCAAGAAGAUCUCGAAGAGCGAGAAGAUUUUAUAGCAGCACUGGAGUCACGUUUUUUAUUCCUCGCGGCUGAUGCCCGAUCUACAUUAAGGGGUUGGAGACCAUCAUACAGAAAUGUCUUGCUUUCAGUGAGAAAAAAGUUAAACAUUCGAUGCUCAAGCAAAUUAUCAACUGAAGACCUUGAAGUAGAAAUUUUUCUUCAUCUAUUGCAGGAUUAUUCAAGUGAAGAAUUCGGUACUUUUCCACACAUAGGGGAACACUCUAAGGCUUCUAAUGAUCAAGGCAGUCUAGAACGUGGACUUAGUCAAUGGAAGGUGGACACCCUUGCUGCUGUGAACGAGCUUCGGUCAAUGAUUUUGAAGGGUGGUGGUGUAUUUACUUUGGCAAAGAUUUACGAAUUGUUAGCGAGGAGAUUAUCUGGGAAGGUCUUCUUAGAAGCUGCCAACUAUCAGAUUAAAAAGGAAUUCAUCAAAAAGGGUGGACAUUUAGCUGCUAUUAAUCUCGAGUCUAGAGCCGCCUUGCUUGCAGCUAAACAGGGAUUUAGUGGUGCUGCCGCAAGAUAUCUGGGUUUUAGAAGCAUGACGACUUUGCUUGGCCCAAUGCUUUGGGGCACAUUUCUGGCAGAUGUUGUCAUUCAAAUGCUUGGGACUGAUUAUGCUAGAAUUUUGCGAGCAAUUUAUGCUUUUGCACAGAUCCGCGUCACCCGCACGUAUAGAUUACCAUCUGAUGCUGACUGAAGAAUUUGAUGUUUUGGAAGGUUGCAUUUUAAAUACUUGAGAUGGUAGAUUGAGAGCUUCUGUUGGUAAUUUUGCUGCUUUGACAUGAAGGUAUAUAUAUACUGGUUUGGCUGCAUGACAACCUAGCUUUGUGGAUAUUGUCCAUAACUUUUGUUUUGUUUUUUUUGACUCUCUAUAAUGAAUAUGGAUUUACUGACA